UUAAAGAAUCUCUUGCAGCCAAUGUGGAUCGGGGUUAUUUAUCCGCUUAGAGCGAAUUCAUCAUAUCAUUAACGUCACAAACAAUCCCGUUUUUAUGCUAAAUUCCUGUUACUAUCGGGGUAAUCGAUAUUAAGUAGGUAGCCAAAUGGGGAAGGGAAUGUCAAUGCUGUCACGCCAAUUACAAAGGUUCAAUGUCGAGAACCGUGCUCACAAAGUUAUUUCGAAAGAAAAACCAACUCCCGCACCUCGCCACAAACCAUCUGCAAGACAAUCUGCAAUAAUGAGUGAAGCAGACUCCGAUUUCCUGAAAAAACAUAACAUGAAAGAUGCAAAGCUUGAUCAUCAUCUGAAAAAUGUCUACCUUGUAUCUCACGCAACAGAGAUGACAGAGAAACUUCAUGUGAAAAAUCUGGAUCGGCCUCUUCCCCAGUGCAGAACUAUCCAAGAUGACUUGGAGUUUGGCGUUUUUGAACCAUCUGAAGUUACGAUAGGGAAAUGUACUCUGCGCCAAGCUGUCAAAUUCAUAACAGAUCAUAAUGAAAAGCCGAUGAAACACACUGCGGCUGAAAUAGCGGCUGAGUAUAAACUCAGUCUCGAAUCUACAAGUAAUAUAUUGAAAUACUUCAGGACGUUUAAAAUAUACAUCCCUGAAAAGGAGCCCAAAGAAAAACCACUGCGACCUUCUUUGCGUGAAAAGAUGAAAGAUUGGAAUAAUCCAAAGCAUCUGACAUAGUUAUAUGCAUGGUACUAUUAGUAAAUGCUUGUAAAAUUGUUAGGAAUACUCCUACAUAAGAUUAUUCAAUAAAAUACAAAAGUUGUUUUU